AUGCGCAGCUUCAGAUUUCUGCUGAAAUUGGCGCACGCCAUAGCAAUUUGCGAUGACCUUUGGCGGGCGACAGCUGUAACUGAACCCAACACACUUCGCGAUCCGUCAGGCUUGGGCCUCGGUCAUCUUUUCGGACCUAUACAAAUCAAGAAGUUCGUCAGGGAUAACAAGCUCUCACUAAUCGUUCGUGCUCAUCAGCCUCCAAUGGGCGGUUAUGAGAGGGUUGGACAGCAUUUACUUACAAUUUUCUCCAGCCCAGGUUACAGAGUUCAAAGCGGAGUUGGUAGUAUGGGUGCGUCUCUGGUGAUUGAUGAGGAUGGUACAAUGGAUGUCAUACGAAUACAAGUCGGUGAACAACUUAAGCUCAAACGACAACGUUAUAAGAUGGAUAAGGGUGACAGCUAUCGAGACUGCGGAAAACCCAGACUAAGGAAACCAUCUCUUAUAGAUGAAAAGUACAGUUGA